AUGCCACUACAACGCUCCUCAACGAAUCGCCUCUUCACACACAAUCUAACACUCCACGGCCAUCACAAAACCAUGCCUGCCACCAAGGAACUUUCGACAAUCCUUAACACCAAUUCCAAACCUAGAGCCUCAGUUACUCCAUGGUCUGGAGCCAGACCAUGGGGUAACAGAGACUACAAUCGCUUAGACUUUAAAGUUGGUGACCUGGUGACAAUGUUGCUGUCCCAAUGCCAGCUGUGGAUCGUGGUAGAGGAGAUCCACGAAAUAUCCUGGGUGAUAUUGUCAGCAGAGUUUUGGACACUGGCCAGUAUAAGAUGUGAAGUCGGAUGUUCUAAAGAUUGGGAAGUAGGGGGCGGGGAGGUGGGAUACUGUUCCUAUAAAAAGGACGCCCGAUAUCACGGUCGCUACAGUUCGAAGGCACCGAGAGCUGAGAGUUCAAGCAUGGCUUUACGAUACUUGCUUUAUCAAUAUACUAAAAUCUUACCAUAUUCUGUGUCGCAGGUUUCGUUGUCUUUGACGGUCGCAGUUCUGGCCGAUCAGACCUCACACGUCAGCAUCAGUCUCGGUGGUGCUCCUGCUAUCAGCCAUCACAGUUCCUCUCACCAUGCACGCACUCCAUACCACCAUCAACCUACAUACCACACACGGCCCUCAUACCAUCCACAACCUUCCUACCUUCCUGCUCCCGCUUAUCACCCACAACCUUCCUAUGAGCAUGAACACGAGCCUGCUGUGCCAGAAUGUGCUGCCAACACGACCAAAUCAUGGUGCCUACAAGACGACCAUUAUCCCACCUACGAGAUCAAACACGCAGCUGAGUAUCACCAUGAAAAGCUUCAAUCCCUCUAUGCUGACGUAGCCGACCUCAACACCGAACUGUCUGUGGAGCGACCAAAUACCCUGGAUGAGGAAACUUACUUGUGCCCAUCAGAGACCGCUUACGUCAGGCCCCUUCGUGCCCAGAACACCGAGGGAAAAUGGCGUGUCGUUGUAAACAAUAUCGAUGUCCAUUAUCAGACUCUCACUCAGACUACACGCAUCGAAGAGUGUCUCACUUCCGUUGAUGCAUGUCCUUUGGUGCCUGACUGCUACGAGUCCAAAUGUCUGCAGAAGUCUAUCUACCACCGCUUCCUUGUGUAUAACCCCUAUGAUCAGUAUUUCCCCUUCGCCAUCGAGACAUUCAAGCUUCCCGCCAGCUGUUCUUGUCUGUUGGGUGCCUACACCAUUGAUCAUUAG